UUCAUUUCUAAAUAUCAGAAUUUUUAUUUCUUGGUCAUGAAAAAGCCCAACCCUUGACAUGGUCUUUUCAGUUCCUUGGGAGGAGGAUGAGGAAGGAGACCUCUGCUCCACAGAAAAAUGCCUUGUUGCUCAACCUUGGUGCAGCUCUUUAACCAAAACCGCUCACUUUUUGUGAAGUGAAGAUAACAGCAGAACAUCUCUCUUUCUUAUUUAACCAAAGCUGUGCACUUUAGACACCCUUUUUGUAAAGUGAAGGUAACGGUAGAUUUUUUUUUUUACUAUUUUAAUGUCAUAUUGUAAAAGUCUGUAAACAGGAAAAGUUAUUUUAAACAAAGCACAACCCAAAUUUUCCACGCGGCACUUGGACACCGAAGGUCGACGUGCUCGUCUUUUAACUGCUGAUAAGGAAGCAAAUGCUUUGGCUAAUUAUAAUACUGAGGACAAAUAUUUCACCCUCUGGACCACAGUACGUGCAGUGUACUUAUAACGGAGUUAAAACAUACAUAUAUAUAUAUUUAUAUAUACUGAGGAGGGCACGAUGCAGCCUCAGAGUCAGAGAGAGUUACAACGCUUUGCUUGAUUCCAGGUCUGAGUGCCGCACCCCAGAUGCCAAGUGUGCUCCUGUAUCGUUGUGUGUGAGCAGUAGCAGCAAAAAAAAGCUUUUUUUCAGGAAUAUGGGUCUGGCAGAGCAAUGUAAGUGCCUACGGUGGUAAAGCAGGGAUUUUGUUAUGGAUUUUGAUCCGGUCAUUAAUCAGAGGGCUGCUGACAACUUCGAGAGGGCACUGAGAAACUCUGAGCUCCAAAGUAAAUAUAUGGACUGGUGUAUGUGGAUGUAGUGCCAAAUGACACACGGUGUGCCAGAGCCUCUCCUUCACCACCCCAUGUCUUAGUGGCAGAGUGGUAGAGUGUGAUGAGAAGGUGCAGCUCACUGUAGUCACAACCUACGAAGGAGAAAAACAGGGAUAUUUAACCAUGUUUCCUUUCUUCUCCACUAUUUCCAUAGUUAUCAUGUUUGAUGAAAACAGGUGUGAUGAAAACAGGUGUUAAAGCUAUAGAGCACUUUGGAUUAUUAUUAUUAUUAUUAUUAUUAUUAUUAUUAUUAUUAUGCAUUGAAAACUGUUCCACUUUGAAUGUGUAUCCAUGUAUCGUGUUUAAACGGCGGCAUAAUCAGAUGCAUCCCACUAAAAAAAUAAGAUGGUUUUUAGGGAUGAAAGUCUGCGUGAUGCCUACUGGCGCUUUUCCUUUUAGGUUUAUUUCAAAGGUUUGAAUAAUGAGCAUCUAAAUGGUUCCUCUAACUUUCAAUGCAAAGAAAAUACAAAAGGAGAAAACCCACACAAGCUGUACUAGGAGUGACAAGUCCUAGAGCGAUCCGCCACCUACAUCUGUAGCUGGGUAAUAGCCCUGGUGAGGAAAUAUGUUGUGUCAGCCUACAGUGAGUUUAGACAUAGGAAGAUGAUAAAAAUUCCUUAAUCAAAAAUGAAGGAAUAACAGUCUUUAAAAGUAUACACCAAUUACUGCAGAGCAGCUUUUAAAAGUCUUUCAAGCUUUUAAAGAUUAUUCAAAGCACUUGAAAUAGGCUUCAAUCUAAUGCCUCAUUUCAUUGCAUUAAACAGCCUAGUUAAUAAAGAAUCAAUAUAUUCAAAGGGCAAGGUUAUCUUUUGUCUAUAAGGGGUGGUGUCAUUCUGAACCUUUUAUAGUUCAAAUGCUGAAAAAGACCUCAUGAAAUCCAUACUCAUCAAGUGGGUCAACUAGAGCAAUAAAGAGGCCUCUGAAAGAAUGGCUGCACUCCUUUAAAACAACUAUAAGUCUUAUCUCCCCACAUACUCCUUGCCAGGCUCCCGCAGAAAAUGUCAAUUUCUCAUCAAGACAAGAGGCCCGACGAUAAUUUUUUUCCAGAGAAUACACACAAUUAGGAGAAUGCAGAAAGGCCCCACCAGUGAUUUGUAGCUUAUUAUGUCACGGGCAAGCUGCGAUCCGCUGCUAAGCAGAUAAUAAGGGCUGUUGAUAACUAAAGUGUCGAUACGGCACAGAGUGAUUUUUGAAUGUGAGCCCUUGUGCUUCCCCUCCCCUCCUCACGCAGAUCCCGGGGCCGAUAAUGGUGCAUCUGCCAACCGACACCGCCCGCCGGACCCCACAAUUAAUGCCGUGAAUAAAUAGCACAAAGGAGCGGAGAUUCUUUAUACUCUUUGAGACAAUUCCCUGUUUUACCCUUCAAGGAGUUCUUUUAUGUGAGAAUAAGGUUGCUUUUAAUGAAAUUUAAACUCAUCAGAGGAAAUCAAAACCCUCAAAUCAGAUUACAAAUUGAUUUUUUUUUUUUUUU